AUGACGGUGGCUGAUCGGGGGGUCGACGCCACAGGAAAAAGCACGACCACUCUCAACGCCGGGGAUUUCUGGAACUUUGGAGCUGGUUCGGACGAAUACCUACAUGUCUCUGCCACUGAACCCGUCAUGCUUAUGCAGUAUAGUAAGACCGGUGCCGCCGACAGCACGGACAGCGACCCCUUCAUGCUGCUGGUCCCGCCCGUACAGCUGUUCGCAGCUGACUACACCUUUACCACCUCUCAGCUUAUUCACAAACCCGGCACACUGACUCAUCAUGUCAACAUAGCAAUAAAGAAUUCUGAGAAGGACGGACUACGUCUGGACGGCACGGCUCUAGCUUCCGGCGUCACAUGGACGUCCAUUCCAGGGACCGACCUGGCAGGGACCCACAUGGACAUCCCUCCCGGCACGCACACGCUGGUCCACACCUCACCCAUCGUCACCUUCGGGGUUACCGUGUACGGGUUCAGCAGGGCCGAGUCGUACGGCUACCCGGCAGGUCUGCGGCUGGCCCGGAUCGCCGCACCCUGCAGCCCCACCGCCGCCGGUCCCGGGGACGGGCUGGAUAACGACUGUGACGGCCGGAUUGAUGAAGAACUGCUGGACGGACAGGACAACGAUGGCGACGGAGAUGUGGACGAAGAUCUUGCAGCAGCCAACCUGUACAGAAUGUCAUUGGACGUCGCUGACGUCCCAUAUGCAGCAGGAGGCGAAAAUGUGACAGUGACGAUCUACUCUACGGGCUGUGGUGGCUGGUGUGCGUCCACUACUGUGCCGGGCAACUUCAGACGAGGAAGGGCACGAUUGCAUUACUUUGAGGCCUCUGAUUUGCGUCAUCCAGAAAUGCUUCAGCUGAGGACUGGUGGCAAUGACAAGAUUAUUCUAGACCAGGUUCGCCUGUACAGCGGUCAGACGGGUAGCGAAGAUGUAUUCCCGUGUGGCCGUGGCCGGUGUGAGUUAAUUCGUUCGUCGGUACCGGUGUCACUGUAUUUGGACGCCCAUGGACCGAAAACAUUAGAGACGUUGAAGAUGACAUUUCCCUCGGAGCCGUCCGUCACUAACUACGUGGAGGUUCACGCCUCCAUGGAUGCUCCGCUCGCUGCGCUAACCGUCUGCAUGAAGCUCCGGGUUCCAGACUCGUCCAGCGGUACACUCUUCAGUUACGCCACGGCGGAGAGCGCGCGUGGUAACGAAGUUGUUGUCUGGGGGAGACAGGGGACAACGACUUACGAACUGAUAAUCAACAGGGACAGAGGCCCUGCAUUCGAUCUCCCCAUACAAGCCAAUCGCUGGCACCACCUGUGCAUCACCUGGCUAAGUGAUAACGGUGAAUGGGCGUUUUACAUGGAUGGACAACAGACGGGGGCUGGGUCUGGACUGGGUGCAGGUCACUUGGUCAGGGCCAAUGGCGUCUGGAUUCUAGGACAGGACCCGGAUACCCUCGGAGGAGGCUUCAGCGCAAACGAGGCACACAGAGGGGACCUGGCACGCUUCAACGUGUGGGACCAUGUCCUCUCGCCGCGGGAGAUGAUGGACUUCUACAACUGCAACAACGGAGGCAACGUCAUCGACUGGGCCACUGUAGCGGUGACGCCACACAUGGAUGUCGCCUUCUCUCAACACAACUGCGCUUCUACAGACGUGCAGCUAAGGUGGGAUCUCAGAACGCCAGGUGAACCGGCAGACAGGUUCCAGGGAGGGAAUCUGGUCACGAUGGAGUACAACCUCACCAUGGCGUCAGACAGGGCCCUGGUUAACAUCACACUGCAGUUCCAUUCCGACUCGCUGGAGGACCUGAACACCAUUACCAUCUCCAACAGUUCCAGUCUACUAGAACUAAACGGCAAUAUCACUGGAAACGUCAAAGAUACGGUGUACUACAGACAGAAACUUUCAGUAUACAUAAAUGUGACCUACGCUGUAUGGAAUUUCGGAUACGAACAGUUUUUGGGACCGGUUUACCCCAACAACGCGUCAUUUGCCAUAGCCGGCUCCCUUCCUACGUUCAACAUAUCCUGGCUGAGUGAGGGAAAUAUAACCUUUGGUGAGAAAUUUAACAUGUCCAUCAUCGUGUUGCUCCCCCGGCUGAAAUGGGACAGGCUGGUUGUUGAAGUGCAUUUCCCCACGCUGGGUUCUAUUCUACCACUCUCCAUCACACACUUCAGCCCUGCCGAGGUCGAGGAGAACGUACGGCUGUUUGGACGGAACAGCACCUCUCAGCAAAGUUCGUUACCGAUCAUCAAGAAGGACGAUCGCUGGGUGUUGGAACUAGACGAUAUCUCUACACUCGGGGUAGAGAACAACUUCUUGAAGCUCGUUGCUAUAUUCGAGUUUACGAGGGACGAGGCCUUCUCGACUCCAGAAGAAGUCUGGGCAAGGGUCAGUGCCGGUUGCGUUGCGUUAGACACCGUGAUAUGGACUGGUGCCAUCCCCGUCACAGUCGUACCACGGGGCAAACCGCUACUGGAGCUGGACGCCUCUGUCACCGACCCUGGUAACCUCGGCAGGGGGGAAAUGGUGACGUUUAACGUUGACCUACGUCACGACCCCAACUCCACGGCGACGGCGUAUAACGUCACGGUCAAACUCAUCUCAACACCGUUCGUCAAGUUCGUCAGCUUCGGAAAACUCGAUGAUGGGUCAAAGCCAACUGUGGUCCUUAAGGCGAAUACCAUUCUGUUCAAGUGGCCUCAGCUGGGCCUAACCGAUCGACUCAGGUUCACAUUUAAGAUGCGGAUCGACCCUGACCAAAAGGAGCGGGCGGGAGACCACCGCUUUGUGGGGCCUGUGGAGACCCUGUACCGCGGGACAGCCCUCCCGGGGAAACGGCUGCGUACCGAGGCAAAGCUGCUGCAAUUCUUCUACAAAAUACUUCCUGAGGCUGACCGACGGACCGUCCCAGAAUUUUAUGAGAAGAGCUUUCUGGUUGAUUCUCAACACAGCAAGGUGUACUUUUGUAACUACGCUAGACGCCGUCGAGGUUUAAAUGCCUGUUUUACCCACGAUGAGAACAACCCGUCCCAACAUGAGAACUGGAGAGUUCUGAGCCCUAUGCUGGGCAGCCUGCUUGGUGUGUCCCAGGCGGAGUCCCAGCUGUACGGGGUGAGUCACUGCGGCAGGGCCUACAUGGUGAGCGAGGAUGACGGGAGGAACUGGUACUCCGUCCCGCGGGACGACUGGACCAGGGCCAGGGGGGCGGACUAUGUACCCGCCAUGGAGGUAAGAGAAGGGGAAAACGCAGACGGCUCUACAGCAUACGGGACUACAUGGAGAGCUAAUGACACAGGAAUUCUGAGACUUCCCGCUGGGGAAACGGUCUGGCAACAAGUCGCUUCCUGGACAUGAUGAAACAACAACAACAACAACAAAACCAACAACUCAAACCUAUAUACUAAAAAACAGAAUGUAUUAGAUUUAAUAUUAAUACAUGUACACAGUUA